AUGCUGUCACCGAUAGAAGCUAAAUAUCACGAUGAUGCUCUGGAUUUGGCAAGCGAGUCGACUUACAGCACGGGGCCCGAGUCGCCUCAAGCCGACGAUCAAUAUGAAGCAGCAGGUGAUGUAGAUGAAGAAACCACGGAACACGGGCGUACCAACGCUACCUUCGCCUUCGUGGACCCCGACGAGAAGAAUAAAUGGAAACGCGGCAGCCAUAAGACCGGGAACUUCAUAUGUCCCGAGUGCGGCAAGGGCCUCUCCCGCGUCGACGCUCUGAGCCGGCACCGGCGGACGCGCCACCGCGUAGGGAUGCAGUAUUUCUGCCGGCAAUCCUCGUGCCAGAGGGCGCUGUGGGGGUUCGGGCGUUUCGACAACUACAGGCGGCACAUGGAGACCGCGCAUAACAUAAUGAUCGGCCCCAACGACAUGCAGGAGCGCCACGUCGCCCAGCGUGAUCUCAGCAAGGUCCCCCGGCCGCCGCGGAAGCGGAAAGGGGUCCCGCGAUUCCCCCCUGAGCCGGACCAUUUGUAUGCUCAGAGUGCCGAGCUGUCACGAAGUCAUGAAGAUUACCUGCCCCCCGCUCCGCCGACGGUGGCUCCUACACCCGCUGCCGUCCUUAGCACGCCAGGGCCGGUCGAUGCCAUCUUCGACACGCUGAGCCGCGAGGAAUUGGUGUGGAGACUACGGGCCAAGAUCAAGGAGUGCGACGGGCUGCAGGAGCAGACGCGUAUUCUCAGGAUGGAGCGGGACGAGUACAUCGAAGCAUUGAAGAUAUCCGAGGAACUGAGAGGGGCGCGAUCCAUGUAA